GACGCGCCGAGGCUCAACGGAAGGGAAAGAGGAGUGGGAGCGGGGGAGGGAGCGCCGCCAAGCCAACACAGAACAGCGGCUCAGGGAAGAGGCAGAGCAGGCUCGUGGGUUCGUGGAGGCCCUCCAGCUCUACGACAAGAAGUGGGAGGUGCUGAAGUCGACAGAGGCCCCGACGGACAUUCCGGGGGACAUGAUGCCUUGGCCGGUCUUCCACACGGUGACUUCUCCGGAGAGCAUAACCUACGACGCCGUGAAGGAGUUCAUCCUGCACCCGCUUCGUCCGAGCGCAGAAGGGAUGCCUUCAAGGAGGAAGAUUGCCACCGAACUGCUCCGGUGGCACUCUGACAAGUUCGGCCAGAUUGUGGACAGGGUGAGGUCGGACCACCAGGAUGCCGCGAAGCAGUGCGCGGGCCUGGUGGAGCGCUGGCUUACGGCUCUCCUGACGGAAGUCCAGACGUAGUGUGUGCACCGUUCAGAACCCUCACGUUGAGUUAGUGUCGAAAGGGCCCGUCUGCGACUAUGCUUGUACUUAACUUGAAGCUAUGUACCAUCCAAUCUAUGCUCACUUCUUAUUCUCUUACCGUAUCUUGUCUGUUGCCCCCAUUACUUCGGUUCGGGGUUUUUUACGCACAGGGACAUUCUCUCAACACCCCGAGG